AUGGGUCGGCUCGACCAGAGUGACACCACAGCCUCACAGAAUACCGACGUGAAACAACCCACAGCGUUGUGUUUCGCCCUGCGGAAGCCGGUGUCGACGCUCUCGAUCCCGGGCGCGAUGAAGGCGUACUCGGGUGGCGGGAGGGACGCGGGAGGCGAGGAAGCAGGCGUCGCUCUAGUCGGCGUGCACAGCGAGUACCCGCGCUUCGGCGAAGAACGAGCGCUUGGCGGCGGCACGUACAAGGGCGGGGGGACAGCUAAGCACAAACCCAAUAUAGGAUAUAGGUUAGGUAGAAGAAAGGCGUUAUUUGAAAAAAGGAAAAGAAUAAGUGACUACGCUUUAGUUAUGGGAAUGUUUGGUAUUAUAAUUAUGGUUAUAGAAAAUGAACUUUCAAGUGCUGGUGUAUAUACUAAGGCGUCAAUAUAUUCGCAGGCGUUGAAGACGCUUAUAUCAAUGUCGACUGUGAUUUUACUUGGCCUAAUCGUCGCGUACCACGCUUUAGAAGUCCAGUUAUUUAUGAUAGACAACUGCGCUGAUGACUGGCGGAUAGCAAUGACGUGGCAGCGGAUAGCUCAAAUUGGCCUCGAGCUUGCUAUCUGUGCCGUGCAUCCCAUCCCCGGUCAAUAUACAUUUACCUGGACCACAAAACUCGCAAAUAAAGGUGGAGUUAUAGGCGUUGAAGUAGUUCCUUAUGAUGUCACGCUGUCUCUGCCAAUGUUCUUUCGACUCUAUUUAAUAUGCAGGGUCAUGUUACUUCACAGUAAAUUAUUCACAGAUGCUUCGUCCAGAAGUAUAGGAGCUUUAAACAGAAUUAAUUUUAACACUAGAUUUGUCUUGAAGACACUUAUGACAAUUUGCCCCGGCACCGUGUUACUAGUUUUUAUGGUAUCUCUUUGGAUAAUCGCGAGCUGGACUCUUCGGCAGUGUGAAAGGUUUCACGAUGAAGAACACGCUAACCUACUGAAUGCGAUGUGGCUUAUUGCGAUUACCUUUCUCUCCGUCGGUUUUGGUGACAUAGUGCCAAACACAUAUUGCGGCAGAGGUAUUGCUGUUAGCACCGGCAUUAUGGGGGCGGGAUGUACAGCAUUAUUAGUGACCGUUGCUUCGAGAAAAUUAGAGUUAACUAGAGCGGAGAAACAUGUCCAUAACUUCAUGAUGGAAACCCAGCUAACAAAAAAGCUGAAAAAUGCCGCUGCCAACGUGCUUCGGGAGACGUGGUUAAUAUACAAACACACGAGACUUGUCAAACGAGUCCAUCCUGGAAGAGUGAGAACGCAUCAAAGAAAAUUUUUAUUAGCUAUUUAUGCGUUACGAAAAGUAAAGAUGGAUCAGAGGAAGCUGAUGGACAACGCAAAUACAAUAACAGAUAUGGCAAAGACCCAGAAUACAGUCUACGAGAUUGUUUCGGACAUGAGUACGAGACAAGACACCAUUGAAGAGAGGCUGACUAGUUUAGAAGAAAAACUUACUUCAUUACAGGAACAAGUUAAUAAUUUACCAGAUGUAAUGGCUCGGUGUCUACAGCAGUGUUGGGAACGGGCGGAGCAGAGAAGAAAUUUCCUGCAUCCCGACACUGCUGCUGUGCCUACUCCGCCCUCAUCUACAAUUACGCCUUACACCAGGACGUUGGCAACAGCGUCACAUCCCUGGCCACCAAGCCCAGUGCUGCAGCCGGCAGGGCGAACGCAUUCUGCUCCAGAGAGCACGACAACGCACACGCCUUCACCAGCGCAGCCGCAGCCUUCUAGCCCCGCUCCACAUGCGUCUCGGCCUCCUCUACCCAGCUGAGUACCGCCUUCCAACUCCGAACUCCUGUGCUGAACUCGACGAAACUCGGCGCCCGUCCUCUGACCCCCCCUUCACGACUACGCCCGAAAGAGGUUGUCGGGGAAGUUGUUUUACAAUGGAAGACAGAGAUUUGAAGAUACUAGUUCAAUGAACGCUUUGCAUGAUAAAUAUUGAGUUCUUUUUCGGAUAAUAAGCAAAAUAUGCGCAGAAUUUUCUAUUGAUUUAUAAUAAAUAGCACGCGAUACGAAUAAGAAUUUAAUGAAUUUUCAUAUUCCAAUUUUAUCUCAUAUCUCCUCCAUAAAACUGCAAAUCAAAACGAACAUUUACUAUGUGAAGAUUUGUAUUUUUAUACCGUCAUGAAACAAAUCCGUUUAUUGAAACUAUUUUCUACAUCUUUAUCUUACGUUGGGUGACGAAAGGAUAAAGUGAAACGAUUUUCUCGGCAUACCGAUGGACCACGCCGCGGUGCGAGACAAGGUCAGCCGUAGUUUUCUUCGCUGUUCCCCAAAGUUUCGGAUGUGCCAGACUGUUUUCUAGUGAUAUUGUUUAGAUAGUGAAAAGAAAUGAGGCGGUACGGACUUGCUGUUGUGAUUAUACAAAUGCUUUAUCGAUAGACGCUUUAGCUAAUUACGUUAGAUGAUAUUUUGAAUACAUUAUCGGAAUUAGUAUAGAUAGUUAUUACCAACACGUCUGUUCACGUUUUAUCUGAUGUUCGAGGAACCAAUAACACUGUUUUAUAAGCUGAGUGUGUUUUUACUAAGGUUUUUGUGAACGCCACCGAUAUUGUGACAUUGAGAAGUCUUUGGAAACGAAUUUAAGAGUAGUCACUUUCAUAGAUUUCUUAAUGUACAGACACAUAGCAGUAAAAAUUAAUAUAGUGACUAAUGAAAUAGUUUAACUACACAUAGAUAUGCAUUUAUAUUUUGCAGUCAGUAAGUAAAUUGACUGUGUAGGCAUUUACUGUAAAGUACACAUCGUAGUCACUAUACAUUGGUUUCUGUUCAUUGUAAAAGUAUUAAACGUAUGGAAUGUAACACGAUUUGGAAUACUUAUAUCACAAUGCCAGACUUAGCUACGAAAUAAUAACUAAACAUUAAUCCAUCUACUCCAGAAUUGUAAAUGUCACCUUCGAUAGUAUUCGAACAAAAAUCGAAAUAUAUUUUAUACAUACAUAAUAAAAAAAAAAUUAAAACAAUAAUCUGAUCGCAUUAUUUGCAAUAUAUUUUAAAUACAUUAAAGACUCUCUAAAACAAAGUUUUAUUGAGGUUAUCCGUGAAUGAACUAUGUUUUACAGAGAAAUCGGAAAAUAAAUAAAAUAAUAAAUUUUGAGAUCAGAUUAUGGCUACGUAAGACGUGGUUUAAGUGUGUUUCCAUUGGCGUUGUACGAAAACUAUCGAAAUGUGACAUUUGCUGAUAUUCUAAAAGAAACCUGUAUACACACUUUUAGAUAUAUAAUUAGGUAAUUAAAUUGUUACUACCUGCCUAUUGACAUGUAGAUUGUAAACAAUUUUUUCUAAGAGUUAAAUUAAGUAAAGCUUUGUAUAAGACAUAAGAUUGAUGGCUGUCUAAAUAGUGCCUAAAACACUACGAAAUUUCGAUAAUUCAGUUUUAUUAUCUUUAAUAACUUAUGAAUGUAAAUAGGUAUUCUAAAAUUUGAGAGCGUAAUAUUUAGUAAAUAUCUGAAUUUUGUAGCUGUACGAGUUGUAUGAUGGGAUCAAUUCGUUUGUACAUUUUAGUUUUAAAAUUUUCCCUUCUUCAUCCAUUGUUCUGUUGGUUACACUUACUUGAAAGACUAAUGGAAAAUCGGAUAUCGCAUUAUACAUAAGUAUCAAAACCGAUGAGGAUUUUGCUCAAAUAAAUAUGCACUGAUUUUUCAAGUCCCGAUUGUAAAAUAGCGAAUACGUUGGCACGCACGUACAAGUAACACUAAAAUAGAAUAGACCAAUUUCUGUAAUUUAUAUAGAAAUAGAUUGAAUCCAAAUAGAUCUAAUAAAAUAUUAAUAUUACUACGAGUAUAUUCAAAGAUAGCAAAUAAACAUUACUGAAUGGCCCAAUAGAAGUUGUCAAAAAACAUCUUCAAAAUACAAAAAUCGUUGCUGAAAGA